GCAGGUGCAACAGCGUUAUCACAACAGCCGCUAUCGUCUCUGGUGGAGAGGCUCCUGAGGCUGCAGCAAGGCCCGCAGAUACGUUUUCUGAUAGAGGAACGAAGCAUUUAGUCCUUUUUGUUGUCGGACAGUCUGGAGGACCGUCGACAUGACGCUGAACCAGAACAACUCCGAGUCCGGCGGAGUCAUCAUCAACAACAGUGAAAGUGUGUUGAUGAACCAUGAUAACGUGGAGCUGGUUUUCUGUGACGCCGACAGUCUGCCUGAAGCCUUCAGAAAGAGCAAGAAGGGCAGCAUCUACCUAACUCCAUACAGGGUGAUCUUUCUGGCUAAAGGACGGGAUGCACUGCGGUCCUUCAUGAUGCCCUUCUACCUGAUGAAAGGCUGUGAGGUCAAACAACCUGUUCUGGGAGCCAAUUACAUCAAGGGAAGCGUCAACGCCGAGCCUGGAGGCGGCUGGGAAGGCAGUGCUACGUUCAAGUUUGUCUUUGCUGCUGGAGGAGCUAUAGAGUUUGGCCAGUACAUGUUGCAGGUGGCAGCUCAGGCGUCAAGAGGUCAGCCAGUGACGUCUGGGUUUGGUGGAUGCCCCUACAUGGCCAACGGGGCCUACGCUUUCCCUCCUCCCCCUGCUAAUGGGAUGUACCCUGCCGGACCUCCACCUGGCUACUCCUACCCCAACCCUCCUCCACCAGGUGGAUUCUACCCCAACCCCCCAGCGUUUGAUGCCUCUGCGGCUUACAUUCCUCCGCCUCCUUAUUCUGCUCCUUUGGGCCAGCAGCCCCCUCAUGACCCAGACCUCCCCUCCUCAGCAGCAGCGGAGGCCAAAGCAGCUGAGGCAGCAGCGAGUGCUAGCUGUGCCACACUGCCUCCUACACAUGUGUAUCUGCCACAGGACAAGCCUCCUCCCUACUCCCCUCCAGAAGACAAGAAGAACCAGUAGACGUGUGUGAUGUCCUCAUUCCUCUCUGUCUCCUGUAUUCUCCAUCCUACUGGAUCACCUCUGUCUCAUUCCAUUAACUGGACAUCAGGACGGCCAAAGUUUUCCUUUUUAACAUUACUCCCUCUUUCUCAUCUUCCCAGUCCCCUUCCAACUCGGCCCUUUUGCUUUCACUCUUUACUCAUUCCAUCACUUUCCUGUCUUAGCAUUCCUUUAACUUUCCUUUUAAUGUUUCGUAUAUUGUAAUCAUUCUCUUCAGAAGCACCUUUACUUGAUGAAACUGUAAGUAUUGGUAGCAGUCUUUGAGAGAAACAAGAAGAUUGUUCUGACCAAAGUUGUCAGGAUUUGGGGCUUUUUUCAAUUUAGCUGACAAAAACUUUGUAACCUGAAUAGCUAUUUUAGCAUUCAUUGCCUUGCUGGUGUCCCAAAAAUCAUACCGCCACCCUAAACUUUAGAUUCAGCUACGCAGUGAAGUUCACUUAUAAUUUUCUAUGACUGUCUGUUAAACAAGACUGAAUCGGAUGAUGUUAAUUACUUUGCUAAUCUAUUCAGAGGCAAGCUGAAUGCAGUGUUUUAUUUUUCUAUUAUUUGUGUGUACAGGCUUUUAAUAUGUAGACUUUUAAAGAAAUGCAAUAUUUUCUCAUGAACACUAACCUAGAGAAAAACUAGCUUUUGUAAAGAGAGCAGAUUGCAGGGUGGCCCGGUCUGCUUCGAUAUGUUUUAGUGGAGGAGAGGACCACAAAGAUUAGAGCAGCGUCGAGCCCCGGCAGUGAAUCCCUGAUCCUGGAUUAGAGCAGAGAGGGACCUACUGCCAGGAGGGAUUAUCUUUAUAAUGUACAAGAGCAGAGCAGUCACCCAGUGAUGUCACUUCCUGUUUUGUCAUGUCUCGGAUCAUUCGAGAACACUCUCGGUCAGACUCACGGCCAGCCUGCUUCACCUUUCAUUCUUCUAACGUACAUUUUAAACAUUACAGCAACCAAACAAGACCAUGAGAGGAUUGUCACUGUUUUUACUUUCUGUGGUCGUGAUCUUAACUCUCCAGUUUAAGAUCAGUGUUUAAAUGUGAUCUGAGCAUCUCAGCAUCUGAGCCUCACUCUUCCUUCCUCUAUGGUCACUAAUCUGUAUACUGUAUCUGUGGCACAUCCGUGGCUGAUUCUUUGCACUUUCAGAAUGCUAUGCAUCAGGCUCCUCUUUGCUCUGUCAUGGCUGUGUGUAUAAUAAUAAGCUCUGUAUUUAUUUCAAACUAAUUUAUUGAAUAAUUAAUGUAAAAUGGCUCAAAUAAGAAAAUCAAAGCAUGAUCUCAACUAAUGCAUGUAUGCAGUGGAUUGGAUUUUAUUAAAUGGAUCUUGAUUCAUG